UUGAAAAUAUAAGAGAUACCAGAUAUGUUUAGCUUUUACUUGCCACUGUGAGGCUAUAUAUAUACAUACAUACAGCCUUAUUGCUGUAUAUAUAUAUAAGUAUGGAUAAAGGCUACAACUAUAUAUAAAAACACAACAACAUAAGUCAAUUCAAUGAAUUUAAACUUAUUUACAAAGAAAACUCAGACCUAAAAUGAGCUCAUCUACCUGCUAAAAACCUGUCCCCCAAAACUUUCUGUGCAACGUGCGUAAGUGUUUCCAUCCUGUGUGAUGAUUUCUGUAAACACGUAUUAUGUUAGAAAUAUGUAACAGGUAAUAACAAUAAUCUCAGAGCCAGAUGUUGACACCUUUUCAAGUUAAGGCCCUGAGAUCAAGUAGGAUCCACCUUUAGGCCUCUAUCAAAUCAAUGGGUGUUGUAUUAAAAAAAAAUAAACAAACAACAACAAAACCCCCCUGAGGUUAGACAUUACAGCUCCAAUGAACUGUUGAAAUGGCAGUUAAAUAUCAUUAUGUCUUUUCUUGUUCUGUAAAAUGUAAGUGAGCAUGAAAGUGUACUGGCACCUUUGCAUGCUCCCUGAUCCUCUACAAAAAUCCUAAAAUGCCCUUCCAGCUCUGGCUGGAAUGAAAAGUAAUCUUCCAAAAACAUAGACGAUCUUUGGCAACAAGUGGGCGUUGAGUUCCUCUCUCCCUCCCUCCCUCCGUAGGUCAGCGUGGGCGGCCCCGUGUGGCAGGAGGAGAGCGAAACACGACACCCCGACAGAGGAAGGAGGAGGGGGGGAAGGUUGAGAGAACACGAAGUGAGUGAGUGAGUGGAAAAAGAAAAAGUCUGUGCCGGAGAAAGAGAAGGGGGCAGAGAAAGAAGAACAGAGUUGGCUUUGGUACUUUUGUUCCGCCGCUGUUUUGACUGUCGGUGAGGAUCAUGAUGAUGAAGAUGAUGGUGGUGACGAUGAUGAUGUGGAGGAGGAAUCGACCAUGCGACAUCGUUGCAACAAACGGGAUGAAAAUUUAGACUCGUCGCAUUCCGUUGCUCCAGCAUCGGCCAACGGCAGCACGACUCCUCCAAACUUCGACCUGCGCCAUUCAGAUCCCGGGCAACUGGAUUUCCCCCCACUCGAGAGAGUCGGGGCAACUUUUCGCAUCAGAAGCCCCCCGUGCUUAAAGAAAAAAACAAAUAACUCCAGCAUAAAAGUUUUUAUGAGCUAACGUCGAUGAGUCGAGGUAAAAAGCAGAACCUCAUGCGAAGUUAGCGGAGUUUUUUUCUCUUUUUAAACUUAAGAGCCGAGCUCGUAAUCGAGGCAGGUUCUCUCUAACGAGCCUCUUGUGAGAACAACACCGGAGGAAGGAGUGGGGUGUCACUGCUAACUUGGCUAACGGCUAGCUAACUAACGUCUAAAGUUACCAGUCGACGGGGGAAAGUGACUGAAGCGGCGUACCGAAGACGGCGACAAAGAUGAAAACCCCGGCAGACACGGGGUUUGCCUUCCCGGAGUGGGCCUACAAGCCCGAGUCGAGCCCGGGCUCCAGACAGAUCCAGCUGUGGCACUUCAUCCUGGAGCUGCUGAGGAAAGAGGAGUACCACGACGUCAUCGCCUGGCAGGGAGACUAUGGAGAGUUUGUCAUCAAAGACCCAGACGAGGUGGCCCGCUUAUGGGGGGCUAGGAAGUGCAAACCACAGAUGAACUAUGACAAGCUCAGCCGAGCACUAAGAUACUACUACAACAAGAGGAUCCUCCACAAGACCAAAGGGAAGAGAUUCACCUACAAGUUCAACUUCAACAAACUAGUGCUGGUCAACUACCCCUUCAUCGACAUGGGCUCUGGUCGAGGAGUCCCUCAGAGCGCCCCUCCAGUGCCAACCGGAGGCACCCACUUCCGUUUCCCCCCCUCCACGCCGUCAGAGGUCCUCUCGUCCAGCGAGGAGCUGCGCAGCCCGGGCAUGUUCAGCAGCGUGGCCCGUCGUAUGGCUCGAGGCUCCGUCAGCGACUGCAGCGACGGCACCUCCACCAACUCAGAGCUGGAGGAGGCUGUGGGGGCCGACGAGCGAGGCGUGGGUCCUGAGAGGGCUUACAGGGGUCUGCUUCCUCCCCGCCUGCCUCACGAUUCUCUGUUCAGGGUCUACGGUGGGGCCCCAAACCCGGCGGGGCUCCCCAGACCUGCCCCCAGGGUCCACCCCGAGCCUCUGUCCCCAUUCCCUGUCUCCCCCCUGCCUGGCCCCGGGAGUCUUCUGGCCCCAACUCUGUCCCCAGCCCUGUCCAUGACCCCCACCCCUCACCUGCCCUACACCCCAUCCCCCUCCCUGUCCUCCCCAAUGAUGGGCUCCCACUUUUCCUUCAACCCAGAGGAUAUGAAGCACUACCUGCAGGCCCACACCCAGUCCGUCUACAACUACCACCUCAGCCCCCGAGCCUUCCUCCACUACCCCAACAUCGUCAUCCCUCAGCCCCACCGCCCCACCCUGGAGAAACCGGCCGCCCACCACCUCCACGGCCCGCCCCUGCCUCUCUCUCAUUCGCUCAGCCAGCACCCGGGAGCAGGAGAGGAGGGGCAACAGCACCCGUCUCCGUUCAAGUUCAAGCUGCAGCCUCCUCCGCUUGGGCGAAAACAGAGGGAAUCAGGAAGCUCAUUGGCUGCUUCGACUUCCUCCUCUUCCUCCAGCCAGUCCUCCUCAUUCCCAGGGUCUGGUCAGAUAUCCAACUCUGUCCUGGCUGCAGGGCCUCCAAAGAUUAAGGUGGAGCCCAUAUCAGACAUCGAGUCAGAGGAGGAGGUGGAGGUGACUGACAUCAGCGAGGAAGAUGAGCUGAAUCAUAACGACGAGGAUGACGAAGGUGACAUGUUCACCCCGACAGCUCGUCAUCAUCUCAACCAGCUCAACAACCACCACCAGGCUAACGGGAACGGCAGCAGCCCCUCUGCCCCUCUCCCUCCGCACGGUAACCACAAUGACGAUCCCGAUGACGAUGAGGAGGUCUUCAAGACUCCCGCCACUCCUCCCAUCGGCAGCGCCGGCCUGGCCUUUCCUCUGAUUGGCCUGAAGAGCGAGCCGGGUCAGCCAGCUCCCAUCAGCCCCGGAGGCACGCGCUGCAUCCCGCUCAAACUCCGCUUCAAACGCCGCUGGAGCGAAGACCAGAAGAUGGAGGCGGAUGGAGAGAGGGACGAGGCAGAGGACAAGAAAGUGAGAGCUGAAGGAGAGGAGGAGAUGGAGGGGAAGACGGAGGAGGCAGGGAGGAGAGGAGGGGAGGUGGAAAACGGGGGAGGAAGAGGAGCAGGAGGUGUUAUUUUGGGGUUGAUGCUGCCACCACCUCCCACCCAGCGCAGAGCGAGCUCAGAGCUGCAGAGGGCUACAGCACAGCUGUCUCUGGAAAACACUGGCUGCUGAGCUUCAUGCACACACACACACACUCUCACACACACACUCUCACACACACAGGGGAUCCUACUUAGAUAUACACACCUCUGGGAGUCUUGUUAACACGUUUGAUAGUUUUAUAUAGCCCAUAAUGCCUUGUGGGUUCUUGUCGGCAGUAGUGACCGUGCAGAAAGCUGAAAGGUUACGACAUUAACACACUGGAACGUUCCUCAGUGUAUGUCUGAACAUGUACAUUCAUCCUAUGUAGGAAAUUGUUUUUUGUGCAAUAAUUAAAGGAGCUGUCGGGCACUUUUCACUGACCUCACAGCCCCACAGCCUCCUUAAAUUACUUAACAGAGACACAAUAUUUUCCUGCAUAGGUUCCAGCUACAUGUUCGCAGGAAUGUAAAGAAGAGAAUGUGUUGAUGUAUUAACCUUCGAUGCUUGUGGUCAGUACUGUCAGUGAGCAGCUGCUGGGAGUUUUGAUCUAUAUAAGACCUUUAAACAUAGAUGUGCCUGUGUAGCCUCUAACGUACUGCAAGGCAAGACACCUUUGUGCCCCUGGUACCUUAUCAAAACACGAACGCAGCAGUGUUUCUGCUGUGGCUUACAACACUAAGUGAUAACCAAACUUAGUCUGUAUAUUGACUUCUGUUUUUAAUAUUAGCUGCCCUACAGAGAGGGAGCCUACUCUUUAAUAUCUCUUAGGAAUUGCACACUGCCUUCUCAACGCCUCCUCGCCCUCUUAGUGCCAGUUAUGCCAGUAAGUCUGCCAGGGAUCACCUCACAUCACACCUGUGCCCAGAUUAUGUCUUUAAUGGGAUUUAAUGGGUCUAUUUGUUUGUCUGGUACAGUGAAACGAAUCACAUCCCUCUCGUUUAAAGCGUAAAUGAGGCAGCAUGAAUUGUACAGCAGUAGAUAGAAUGAAUUUCUCGCUCAUGUCUGGCUCACUCAAAGGUAGUGAGCCCUUUUUCCAUAACCUCCCUCACUUCUCAGUCCUCCUUUGUAUUCACCGUGACAGACAAAACAAAUCAUGAUGUUACUAAAAAAAACACUUUAAACAGCCCUGAUAGAGAUUACAGAAGUGCCUCUCUGUCUGCACCCAUCACCACACAGUCGUUUACAAGAUGGAGGGCAGUGAGCAAAAAAAAUUAAUUAGAUAAGAAAAAAAUGAGACCUUGCACCGAUGGAUCUUACAGACUGAAGAGGGUUUUUUUUCCUUUGAAGAGGUGAUUAGAAAGAACUCUCCAAUCACAGUAUUUUCUCCAGGAAACAACUCGGACACUAUCGGACAGCAUCGGCGGCCAGACUGAGUGGUCUCUUCAUCCUCAGCUCAUUCACUACAGUGUAUAAAGACAUGAAAUGAGGAUGGAAUUGUACAUCUUGAGGGCAGAGGAGGAGGAGAGGUGGAUUUUGACGAACUGACGUCAACCUCUGACCCCGUCACACAAAUGGACGGCGGCGUUAGACGUUUGUCAGCCAGCGAACGGACGGCGGUUCCCACUGUACAGGAGAAAAACCACCCGGGUAUCGGAGGAAACGCGUCUGAUCUCUCUCUCUUUAUUUUCUCUCUGCUUGUUGAGGAAAUGAGGAAGCAGCUAUCGAGCAAAAGGCUGUAAUUACAGACACACUUGUUUCUAAAAUGUGUGCGUGGACCCAGAGCUGGUGUAAAAACAUUGCGGAGGCCUUCGAGGAUGCAGAGGGGCGUCUCAGCUUUUCGUGACUUCGCACAAUCUCUUGAGGGGGCGGGGUUGGAGGUUUUGAGGGCACUCGUAGUGUUUUCUCCCUCGAACACACAGAUCAACAGCCUCCUCCCCCAGCGCCCUCCCCCUGUGUUUAUUUUUUAAAGACUGUAUUCUUUCUGUCAAAGGACGCCCGUGCCUCCCCAACAACAUGGACAGUAUUUUAGGGCAUUUGCAGUGAUCUGAGGGCUUUCUGUGUUUUUUUUUUUUCCCCCCCGGAGAAAACAGCCGAAUCUGUUCAUGUGAUGUUUUCAGAAGCGACGAUUGAAGCGAACUGAUUUUGUCCUGGGGGGUGGGAGUGGGAUGGGGGAGAACGGGAACCAUGAAAUGAAUGUCGAGCAUCAAGGUUAACUCAGGCAAACCUUCACUGAGAUAUUGAGAAACAGCUUAUUUUUUAUGACAUUUAAUUCAUAAAGUUUUAAAGAAUAGAAGAAAUGACAUUGCGCCCAUUUUAAUGAACAAACAAUUCCAAAUAAGAUUGUGCCUUUUUUAAGCCAACAUGAGUUUUAUCAAGUACCCCCAGCAAAAUAUUUUAUCUCACACACACACACACACAUACACACACUCAGAGUACCACCAUGCCUUCUGUUUUUGUAAAAGAGAGAUACAGAAUAAGUAAAUCUACACAUAUAUAUUUUAUUCAAAUAUAUAUUGAAUUCAAAUAUUAUAUUUCAAUAUGGUCAUUUGAUACAAAUCAGGAAAAUCCUACUAUUUUUAAUGGUAAAGAUAUGUAUAUAUUCUAAUGGGCAUGUUAUUACCAGUAUAAUUCAGCCUUUGCCUUCUCACCCUUGCCUUCUCUUGACCGUUGAGCUGCAGUGACAAAGGCCACUGGUGUCAGACUUUUAUAUUUAUAUUGUACAAAAAAAAAAAAAAAAAAAACAGUUAUUGUGCAUUCAGGGGACAGGAGGGUGUGAUGGGACGAGGAUAAAAAGAGCGAGCAUGAACACUUAACCAGGUCUGGGUCAAAUCAUGUUUACCUUGUUAGUGGGUGUGUUUGCUGGAGUAGCAGCCCGGGUGGGGUUUACCUGAGUCGAGCUGGUAACCCCUCCGACUAAAACUCCUCUAUGUUGUUUGCAGGCACUUUUUGACCCAGAUCUGCUUAGAAAAAAUAGAAAAAAUGUGGAGGCGCUCAGGUCGUACAGCUGGUGACAGACUCGCAUGUUCAGAGCAGACGGAUUCUGAUUGGACGUUUUCAGCUCUGUGACGCCACACAAAGCCAGCGAAGGACCACAGCUUCUGAUAUGGCUGGACUUUGGUUUGAGCGUGGACUGUGGACUUGAGCAGCUUUGUGUGUGAACAGAGUGUGUGUGUGUGUGUGUGUAUGGGCUGAACCCUACACACACACACACACCGUCCUGGUUAGAGAUGGGCUUUACUGUGGCUAAAAUAAAGGGAAACAUGACAUCAGACGUGACAUCAGACGCCCCCACAGUCUCUCUAGAGUAGACGGCAUAACCAUACAAACUGCACACACUCUUUAACACACGCACACACACACUCAGAGGAAAUGGCAUCACAAAACCUCAGUGUGGAGUGGAGAGAGAGGGACUUCCCAUAAUCUGACUCGCCCGCUCUGCUCAGUGUGUGUGUGUAUGUGUGUGUGUGCAUACAUGCAGUUGUGUGUGUGAAUGUGUGGUUUCUAUGGUUAUUAUGCCAUACACACACACACACACACACACACAGCUAUUCAACACAGCCUACAAAGAGUCUCAGCCCUGGGUUAUUUAGCUCCAGAUCAUCCAACCAGCUCCAGUCUCAUGUCUUUGUCUUCAGCGUUCAUAUUUUCCUCCCCAGGCACAAACAAACUUGUGCAUCUGUCCUUCUCACAUGCCUGUUAACAUUAUCAGCAUUCCUCCUUUAAAACAAACAACAAAAACAAAACAACAAACCCUCUGCUUACUGUCUAUGGAAAAGUGCCAGCAAAAUAUUUUAGGGAACUUUAAAGGACAGAAGUAUCAGUUGACAAGUGUCUGGUGAAUGAAAAUAAAACCACAGAGCUGCACCUGAACUGUUACACCUGUGCUGCCUUUUUUUUUUUUUUUUUAACCUGUCGUGGCUUCAGAAACAAAAAAAAGAAACACAGGAGAGAAAUAACUGUUCCCCCACCGGGUCGAUAUUUUACACCCCUCGAUUUCACCGAUGCUGUUCUUACCAUUUUUCUUCUGUAUGUUUUCAGACAUAUUACUGUUACUCUUGUAAUUAUUAUAUUAUUAUUAACACGACUAUUUUUUUGAUUAUUUUGUACCCUCUUGCCAUGACCCGGCCUCUUCUCCAUGAAUUCCUGGUUGUUUCUGUGAGUUUUUGUUCCAGUUUGCACUCGUCUCCGUGGACUAUAACCAUUCAGCUUCAGUGCAGUCAGUUUUUUCUUCUUCUUUUUUUACUCACACUGAUUUUAUAACCAUGUUACCAUGGACAAGAGGAGGGUCACCUAAUCCCCACGAUAUACAGCGGGGGAGAGAAACAAUUGUUUUCAUUUUUUGAUGUUGUGUAUAUAUAUUUUUUUCCAUUUUGGAGGAUUGUGUAAGAAAAAAGAGCAUUGUACUGUUUAACCAUUGUAUUAUUUGAAAUGCACCCCCUCCCUCCACCUCCCUGUCCUCUCUCUGGUCGUCUCCGUCUCUCCUCUCAAGUCCACCUCGGCGGCGAGCCGUCACUCCAGAGGAGAGACCGAGACUUGUUUUUAUCACGGAGGAACCAUCUGUACUUCUGUUUCUCUUCUAUCUGUUCAUCUUCAUUUGUAAUUAAACAAUAAUCAGGGUUCAUUAAAAAAGGUUAAAAAAUGGA